UAGCUAGCCGCCCUGCACCUGCAAUCCGUUCCUCAUCACAUACAUCCCUCUCCUGCUCGAUCGAUCUCACUCCGAAUCCGAAGCAUAGUGACCCGACCCUGGGCGACCGGCCGGCCAACAACCGACGCCGGGAUGAUGAUGGUUGGAUAGCGGCGGCGGCGGCGGCGGCGUGCAUGUAUACAUGCAUGGCUUGAAAAGAAGCGCGCCGGUCUCCUCGCGUCUCACCACCGGCGGCAGCAGCAGGUUCCGGCUGGCCAGAGGACAAGCCGAGAGGACCGAGGGGGCCGGAUGGACAACCAGCGCCAUCUUUCCUCGAAGCGGCGCGGCGCACGAGACCGCCCGUUAAUGCCGUCAUCGCUGACAUCACCGCCAGGCGGGAGGACGACGACGGCUCAUCACCUCGUCCCCGGCCGGCGCAAGUACCACGACGACCCAAGCACGCCGAGGGGCUUCUGCGCCAAGUACUUCUCCGUGGAGUCGUGCCUCCUGCUCGCCCUCAUCACCGUGCUGCUGCUGGUGCUCCCGCUCGUCCUGCCACCGCUCCCGCCGCCGCCGCUGGCGGUGCUGCUCGUGCCGGUGGCGCUGCUGGGGGUGCUGCUGGCGCUGGCGCUCAUGCCGGCGGCCGGAGCCCGGAACGAGGUCGUGGACCCGGCGUCCUACUUAUGAUCUCUUAGAUUGAUGUGAAUUAAUUACAGGGGACAGAGGGUUUUGAUUCGAGCGUAAGUUGGAUCAUUUUCAAGCGCAUAUAGAGGAUGUUCUUUUGUUUGUUUUCUCUUCGUUAGAUGUUUGUAUAUAGUCUCCCUCUAUGUUUGUUUAAUAUUUUGUUUUAUUUUUGACUUGACAUCUUACCUUUUAAAAUGUAAUUAUUAUUAGUACGUUGAAUGGAAUAGAGACUGGCUUCCUG